AGGCGGGAUUUGGAGUUUCCCUCCGCAGCGGCGGCGGCGGCGGCGGCGGCAGCGGCCGCUUGGCUCCAGGCGAGGCCGCCGCCCGAGGCUCCGGUGGCGCGCGGCGGCCGCGGCGGUAGUGCUUCCCGCCGGCCCGGCUUUUGGAAACUUCCCGGCCGCGACGCGCGGAGCCGGCACAGGAAGCCGAGCGGAACGGAGUGGCCGGGGCCGGGGCAACCCAGCCCGGGAACGACCCCCCUCGAGCCGCGGUGGCUGUGUCCGGGACAUCCGCGAGCGACCCCUCGCCGCGGGAUCACGCUCCAGCUCCGGAAGCCCGACGUGCCGGGAGCCGCGAAGCCAUGGAGGGUCUGGGCCGCUCGUGCCUGUGGCUGCGCCGGGAGCUAUCGCCCCCGCGCCCGCGGCUGCUGCUGCUCGACUGCCGCAGCCGUGAGCUCUACGAGUCGGCGCGCAUCGGCGGGGCGCUGAGCGUGGCCCUGCCCGCGCUGCUGCUGCGCCGCCUGCGGCGGGGGAGCCUGUCGGUGCGAGCGCUCCUGCCUGGGCCGCCGCUGCAGCCACCGCCGCCCGCCCCGGUGCUCCUGUACGACCAGGGCGGGGGCCGGCACCGGCGCACCGAGGCCGAGGCUGAGGAGUGGGAGGCCGACUCGGUGCUGGGCACUCUGCUGCAGAAGCUUCGGGAGGAAGGCUACCUGGCCUACUACCUACAGGGUGGCUUCAGCAGAUUCCAGGCCGAGUGCCCUCACCUCUGUGAGACCAGCCUCGACCGCCGGGGGAGCCCAAGCAUGGCCCCACUGCCCAGCCCAGUGGUGGGGCUGGGGGGCCUGUGCCUGGGCUCCGACUGCUCUGAUGCGGAUUCCGAGCCUGACCGCGAUGCAAUGAGCUGCGGCCUGGAUUCGGAGGGUGCCACGCCCCCGCCAGCAGGGCUGCUGCCGUCCUUCCCUGUCCAGAUCCUGCCCAACCUCUACCUGGGCAGUGCCCGCGAUUCGGCCAACGUGGAGAGCUUGGCCAAGCUGGGCAUCCGCUACAUCCUUAAUGUCACCCCCAACCUCCCCAACCUCUUCGAGAAGAAUGGCGACUUUCACUACAAGCAGAUCCCCAUCUCAGACCACUGGAGCCAGAACUUGUCCCAGUUCUUUCCGGAGGCCAUUGCGUUCAUCGACGAGGCCUUGUCGCAGAACUACGGGGUGCUCGUUCACUGUCUGGCGGGCGUCAGCCGGUCCGUCACUGUCACCGUGGCCUACCUCAUGCAGAAGCUGCACCUCUCGCUCAAUGACGCCUACGAUCUGGUCAAGAGGAAGAAGUCCAACAUCUCGCCCAACUUCAGCUUCAUGGGGCAGCUGCUGGACUUCGAGCGCAGCCUGCAGCUGGAAGAGCGCCGUGCCCAGGAGAGGGGCAGUGGGGGGCAGGAGUCGGCUGCCUCUGAUCCCCCCUCUUUCUUCACCACCCCGACCAGUGAUGGCGUCUUCGAGCUGGAUGCCACAUAGGGCCCCAGGGCACCCUCCAGCGGGUGUGCCCAGCCCAGCCACCCGCGUGCUGGGGAGGAGGCCAGAGGGGGCUUGGCCUAAGCAGAAGUGGGGGGUGGAGGGGGGGAGAGCACAAUACCUCAUUUGGGGCUGUGGGACGAGGCAGAGGCUGGGGACCCCCUCCAGGGUGGUGGUGGGGACAGCCCUGUCUUACCCACUGGAAACAUCCACGGGGAAUCCUAUUAAACGUGCCUACGGGCCAGGCCUGGGGCCACCGGCCUGACCCGCGCCACUUUGGGGCGGAACCCCGCUCCAGAACCUGCCUGUUCUACGACUGUUACUUUUCUUUUGGGGGGGUGGUUGGGAGUGGGGGUGUGGAUUCCCAUUCUGAGGGACGAUUCCAGGUGGCUGCCGGUUCCCUGGGCCCAGGAGAUGUGUGCUCAGCCAACUCCCAAGCCUCCCCGGGGUCUCCCGUUCAGGAAGGGCCUGGGCCUCUUAUGGCCACAGGGACCUGCUCCCAACCCCAUCCCUGUUGCCAUGCGGCUGGACCACCAUCACCACCAGCACAGUCACCCUGUGCUCCUCCACAGGGGCCUGAGGCCUCUUGGGAUGGGGGGGCGGGGUGGGGGGACUCCCAGGGGACAUGACCUUGGAGACACAGCAGCCACCCCACAGCUACGGGGACCAUCCCUGUCUGGGUGUGCUCCUAGCCAGGAGCCGCUGGGCGGGUUCCCGGCUGCACAUCUGGCGCCCUGACUGUUUAUCCACUUGACAUUUGAAAAGAUGCUUUUUUUUCCUCUUCCCCCAGAUGUCUUGACAGGAUCACUGGGGCUCUUUGUGACUGAGGGUGGUCAGACUGCCGCCAGAGGAGAUGGGGUCUAAGCAAGACCUGGGUGGGGGGAGGGGGAGAAGACGGCCUGGAAUUUGCUGCAGUGGGUCCCACGUAGCCCUGGUUGGAUUGGGGGGUGGGGAAAAGGCCAAGCUUCACACAGACACACACACACACACACGGUCAUUCAUUGCAGUACAUCUCCCUGACGGGCAGCCUGUGUGCAUGUGUGUCUGUGUGUCCAUGUAUCAGCACUCGCACACACACACCCUCCUGGCUUACAGACCCAGCCCAGGACCAGCAGUCUCCGUGGCAAGGCCAUCUCACCCUGGGGAAUCCACAGCACGGUUGCUUUCUUUAAUUGUUCCUCAAUAAAUGGUUUCUGUUGA